AUGUGCAGAGGGUGCGAAAAAAAUCUCCCUUCUAACUCAUUUAUUGCCGAAAAUGAUGCAGAUAAUGAUCAAGUAGUAGUGGAUUUUCACGAUUUUUAUGACUUUUUUGCGCAUAAUUAUAACUUGUUUGAAUGUGCAAUCCACGAUAAAGAUGAACAAGAGAAUAGCGAAAAUUUAGAAUUUAAAGUUUCGUGUAUUGUGAAUGUUAAUAUUUUAGAAGGAAACCCCAAGGAUCAAGUUUACCGUAUUAUAGAAAUAAUUUCUGAUAUUGAUGAAUAUACUUGGAU